UGCCGGGAAAACGGAGCUUAGGAAGAAGCUGCGGCGCUGCUGUCCAGACGGGAGGAAGAAGCGUCCCCCGCCACGCGCCCCGGGACCUGAUUUCGCCAUGCCUUACGUGGUCCCCGGUGGAGCCUCACCCGAGAUGCCCAGAGAUGAUUCUCCACAGUCACAAGCGGAGGAUAGCAGUGUUCCUUCUAAUUACUCCAGUGAGAGCUUUGAGUCCUUCACAGAGAAGGAAGGAGAGGAGGAGAUGGUGGUGGGAGAAGAGGAAAAAUGUCACCCGACGCAGCGGAAACCCUGUGGCUCUUUGGUGGCUUCCGAUGACGACCAGACUGAGUCCAGUGCCUCCGGGAGCCAUUCUGUGAGCAAGUGGCUGAUGCCGAGCUCCAAGGAUGAAGAUGAGCCCUUGGACCCGUUGGACUCUGCCGCUCUACAGGAGAAACUGAGUCAGAGGUGGAUCCAGCAUCUCAAGGCCAAAGAAAGUGCCAACGGACAGCCCCGGGCGGGCCCCACAAGCCACGCAGAUGUCACGGAAGCAUCUAAGAGUGAGCGGGAUGCCGUGCAGGCUUUUUGUGCCACGAAGAUCAACCUGCUCCGUCGUCAGCUGAACUCCCGGGUGGCGAACGGCAGCGGCCGUCAGAGGCAGCCGCAGGGAUUGGUCGCGGAGAAGCCAGUGACGGACGAGGUGAACGACUGCGUCGUUCCUCAUCGGCUGAUAAACAGAAUCUCUCAGCAGAACCUGAGGGCCGCACCCAGCCAGGUGUCAGCGGUUAAGAAGCACGACUGUUCCCGGUGCCCAGAGUGUACCAAGAAGAGAGCAGAACUCUCCCAGCUGACCUUUGUGCGCCAGAAAAAGACCUUCCUCGAGUCAGCACUGCUCAAAGAGAAAAUGGACGAGUAUCGUCAUACCAAAGACUUUCUCAGCUUCAUUGGGGAAAUCCACAAGAGCCUCCCCAGGCUUUCAGAUGACCCAGAGACCAUCUGGAAAAGAUUGAAUGCUCGAGGUCAGGUUGAGUAGAGGAUGGUUCAGCUUGGUCCCAGAGUAGGAGGUCAGAUUGUGAUAGCAGGCCUUUUUGUCUCCACCCUCGGCCCUGAAGCCUAAAGCCCUUCGAUGCAGCCAGCUGUUAAGAAUGACACGGCCAAUAAACAAAUGUUUCUGUCAUA